CCUUUAGAUACAUAAAGGAGGGUAAGACCGGGGUUCGUACUCACAACUGGUGUUGCCUCCAACCCAUGCAUCCACGAUUACUUGGACUCAAGUUCUAUACAGUUCCGUAUCGACCAGACCAGUUUUCGCAAGUGUCCUGUGCUUUGAGACCAAAGCUUAGAGUCUACAAUUCUCCAGAAUGGUGCCCACAGAUCCGCUCCAGCUUAUGGCUACGCCCUGCCGCGACGUGACGAACUGGAACCUGACUGACAAAUGCGAGUUUGUGCGCAUGGUACCAUCCUGUCAACCUAAUAUGGGUUACGUCAACUACCUGGAGCUCAUGUACUGCAUGUUGGGACCAGAGAACGUAACCUACACAGUUGGACUCAGUGUGGUGUGGCUAUUACUGCUGUUCGUCGCGCUAGGCGUAACGUCUGGAGAUUUUUUAACGCCUGCACUGUUCGUGAUCUCGAAGACCCUACGCAUGUCUCAAAACGUAGCAGGCGUCACUCUACUUGCUUUUGGCAACGGAUCGCCUGACAUAUUUUCCUCCCUUGCCGGUAUCAAACAGGGAUCCUACGAAAUGGUCAUCGGAGGACUCAUCGGCGGUGGAAUUUUUGUGACUACCGUAGUUGCCGGUUCCAUAUUUUUGACGCAACCAUUCAAGAUGGCCGGGAGACCUUUCUUGAGGGACUGUUUCUUCUACACCACAGCUGCAUCGUGGACGUUCUACUCCUUCUACAUGGGCUCUAUUUCACUGACGACCGCCGUUGGUUUCAUCUGCUUGUACUCCGCUUACAUCGUGCUCGUUGUCGUCAGCGGCUUCGUCUACCAAAGGUUCCUCAACAAUCAAAAGAAAGACGAUAACGAGAAACGUACUGACUGCAAAGCGGAGAAGCUGGAGAAAGGCUCUGCAGAGAAAAGACAACACUCGCUCUGCCGACGAAGGUCGGUUUAUGACAAAAAACUUGACAAACAACCAGGAGAGUCCGUAGUUGCUGUGAAGAGAGUGUUCAAGAAACGUCUCCUCUUCGACGAUCCUGAACGUAGCUAUGUCGUGCCAUUGGCGUUCCGUUACCUUAACGUUGAAGACAAUCCGACACCCGCUCAAGAACUAAACAACAACAAUGAAGCAGACCCAGAAGAAGGCGUCUACUACAUAAACCUCGGCAUGGACAGCAGGGAGGAGGAAGUUGACGUUGACACACUGGCGAUAACCGUGGACAGCCCACGUCGUGGCUCCAACCUGGAGAAGCUCCAUCUGCAGAAGAUUGAGAAGAAAUCGUCAUCCGUCUCGGAAAUUGUGCUUCUUGCCCUUGGUUUGGAUGACUGGUUUCAGCAGCCCAUCUCCAUCCGACUUAUGUGCAUUUUUAAGAGCCCUAUCUAUUUCAUACUGGCGAUCACAACCCCCGUGGUGGAUGUGGUGAAGCCAAAGAACAACUGGUGUCGUCCCCUCAACAGUUUGCAUUGCGUUACGGCCCCUGUUUUUGCCAGCCUUGCUUCUGGAUAUGGCCUCGAAAUGAUCAAUGGUGUGGUUCCUGUUUUCGUGCCUCUUGCUGCCGUGGGCGCGUUCUUCGGCCUCGUCGUGUUCUUUACAACGACUAAUGACGUCCCUCCAAGAUACCACUGGGCUUUCUCCUACGUUGGUUUCCUGGUUGGAGUAGUGUGGAUCUAUGUCAUUUCAAUGGAGAUUGUGGUCCUUCUACAGGCCGUUGGAAUGGUGUUCAACAUCAGUGAUGCCAUUCUCGGACUUACGAUCCUGGCCUGGGGAAAUGGGCUCUUGGAUUUCUUGGCGAACCUCAACAUUGCCAGGAAAGGCUUCCCUCGUAUGGGAAUUGCAGCUUGCUUUGGAACGCCUUGCCUUACCCUCCUUUUAGGUGUUGGAAUUCCGACGUUGAUUCAGCUUGCAGGAACAGGAAAUGUCUUGGUGCUUCACUACUCCAAGAUCAUCACUGUCCUUUUCUCCUCCCUUGCGGUGAGCCUUCUGUCAUCGGCGAUCACCAACGUAGUACUCCGGUUCAACACAAAGCGUUUCUACGGAGUGUACCUUCUUGCUUUGUACUUCACAUUCCUCGUCGUUGCUGUACUCGUGGAAUCAGAUUUCCUCUGAAUUUACCUCAUUUCGCAUGUACCAUGGUUAAGCAGCAACGGUAAAGCGUCUACGCGCUUUUGACAGCGGCACGAGUAAGUGACAUAUAACCAAUACGUAGAUUAAGCACACUGUUUUACCUGGUUUUGGUCAGAAAUGGUACUCUCCCGGACAUGUGGUCCUGCAAUGAGGUAAAAUACCAAAAUCACUGCAUGCCCGUUUUGUCGCUGCAAAAUGAUGACGUCUUUAGUGUUGGCAAACUUUCUAAAAACUCCCGACUGGUUGUGAGGACUAUAUGUUGCUACCGCAAGUGUGCCGCAAUGAUAAUAGCUAAGAAUUGCAAGUAACGAAAAACUUUAAUCAGUCUCGAUAAUGAAUAGCCACUGACACUAUGUAGUUUUCCGCUGCAUUGUUUUCCAAAAACUUUACAGCGAGCACAGAAUUCAUGGGAAAACACAAGACGAAUUUACCAUUGUUGCUGAAGCUGUUUGAAACCGUUUCCGAAUGUUCUCAGCAGCGAAGGCCAAUGUAAUUGUCAUUGCCAGGUUAGUGACAAGACGUAGUUGAGCUAACGUCAGCAAAUCUGAAAAUGAUCCUCUCGAAACCUAUCAAUCUUAGUUAUAGUCAGGGUGUCGAACGAAACCAGAACCUGAACCGAAAGCCGAAUUAACGGUUAUUUGUAGCCAAACCAAAACUCAACCUAUAAGCGAAACUAUUGGCGCCAUGCUGGAGCGGAACCGAAACUGCUAUCCCAACUGGCGCUAUUCAAUUUAAUCCCAGUGCUUUCCAGUUUUAUCCAAACUGUACUAUAUAUGUACAAUCGACAUAACUAAACACCUAUUGUACAAUGAUCUGUACGAUAUUGUAAAUGGUAAUUGGUCAUCGGCUCCGUAACGUUUUAAGAACAUACACUACGUCCCCUUCUACACUCUCUAAAGACACGAGUGGCGGUUGCGCUGUUUUUAAGCAGAAGGUAAGGUAAAGUAAUCGUGGUAGAUUGAUUGAUUGUAUGGAACAGAGAAUAGGUUACAUAAUGUAAUUGGAGUAGAUUCACACGUAGCAUGGCAUCGCUGUUUGGGUCGCUCAUGAUCAAUCACAACGCGUGAUGGAAGUCAUGCGUUACAGGCUGGUUGGCGCUAUUUGAAAGAAUGAAAGUUGUCUGCGAUUUGUUACGAAAGCAGAGCGUAUACGUUUUGCUUACAAUUAAAAUAUGCGGAAAGGUGUCAAAGAAGGGUACAGCCCCGUUCUCACGUAUUUUAACGCGUAUAAUUCUCGGCUGAUCUCUUCGUUCUUCGCCCCUCGUUAGUGACGCGCAUACAACCAAUUGACUGAACAGGGCUUUUCGUCUCUCUUCUUUCUUCCGCGAGAUCAGUGGCUUAAACAUGCACACCGAAUGCCUACGGGCCCUCUCCUUUAUCUGUGUCAGCAGCAACCUUGUAGAGUCAAUGCUCUAUAGUAUUUGGGACCCCGGUCUUGCUGGGAAUCCCAUAGAUCACUCACUGGUGACAGAUCGAUGGUGAAUCCCAUAGACCAUCUGUACUAGACUGCCUUCUAUGUAAACCCAUCCUUAAAAAAACAUGAGCAUUGAAAUCUUCUUGUCUCCAUUCACCACAAAAGUUAACACAGCAUAAAGAAAUGUAGGGCAGUAUAUGUACCAAUAACGCCUGCCGCGAUAUUCCGCUGCAGGCAAGUUUAUAGCUUUGAGCCGGUUCAUGAACAGAACCGUUUCGAAUUACGUGGCAUGAACCAUUAUAGAUGACUUCUCGAGCGGAACCGACAACGUUGUCGGUUCAAGUCUUUCGUUAUAGUUAAAUAAACAUAAUACAAGUUGAUUACUGUAAUGCAACCACGACGGUCACACGUUGGUAACGGGUACUGAAGCCCCAAUGUUAAUAAACUCAUCGUCAUUCACUGGCCGAUCAGCGUGUAUCCUGCUUAUAGGUCAGAAGACACAUCAAGUUGCCCCUUAGUCGAUGAAACGUUUCUGUGGUGUUUUUCAAGAUCUUGCGUAGACACUGCAUGAUAUACAGGAUGUUUGCUCUAACGUGUCCAUAAAUUAUAUUUAAAGCGAGUGGUACUUUUCUGCUACUUGAGUAAGAAACAGGUACUGCUUCCCUAGUAGCACCUGCGUCCUAGUCAAGUAGCUGAAAGUUAGCGCUCGUUUCUUUUUUAUCGCUCGCGUUAAAUAAACUUUCUGGACACGUUAGAGCAAACACCCUGUAUAAUGAUCAUUUAGUUGCACGAUGCAAGACCCCGCAACAUUAAAUGUCGUGUGUUUUUAUGCAGAGAGAUGCAAGGUGUAUUCUUAAUUUAGUUGUUGUAUGGUUCUGCCCUUUUUGUGAAAUUUUUCUGAGAAUGCUGUUUCUGGUAAUUGAACUUAAGUGUAUCCUUCGGGCUGGCGUUUCACUUUGUCAUUGUACUUAUUUAAUUCUUGUAUUGCCAAUAAACGUGAAUUAUUGACAA